GGACCUGCCUUACAACAGGCCUACAAGCCCUCAGUCCAGCCUCUCUCAGCCUAUUGCGGGCCAUCUGAGCACUGAUGGAGGGAUUGUGCGUUCCUGGUGUAACUCGGGCAGUUGUUGUUGCCAUCCUGUACCUGUCCCACAGGUGUGAUGUUCAGAUGUACCGAUCCUGUGCAGGUGUUUUUCCACCUGGUCUGGCAUUGGGAGGACUAUCAGCUGUCCGUCCUGUCUCCCUGUCUUAGGCGUCUCAAAGUACGGACAUUGCAAUGUAUUGCCUUGGCCACAUCUGCAGUCCUCCUUGCAGGCCUCCUUGCAGCAGGCCUAAGGCAUGUUCACGCAGAUAAGCAGGGACCCUGGGCAUCUUUCUUUUGGUGUUUUUCAGAGUCAGUAGAAAGGCCUCUUUAGUGUCCUACAUUUUCAUAACUGUGACCUUAAUUGCCUACCGUCUGUAAGCUGUUAGUGUCUUCACGACCGUUCCACAGGUGCAUGUUCAUUAAUUGUUAAUGGUUCAUUGAACAAGCAUGGGAAACAGUGUUUAAACCCUUUACAAUGAAGAUCUGUGAAGUUAUUUGGAUUUUUCCGAAUUAUCUUUGACAGGGUUCUGAAAAAGGGACAUUUCUUUUUUUGCUGAGUUUAUGUCAUUGAUAUGGUACCUUUUUGUAUUGUUCCAUUCCAGACAUGUUAUCCAUCUGCAAACACGAUGUCCCUGACAUGAACAGUACAGAUGAAAACAAUGCAUGGAAACAAACCACAUUGAAGGGUCUCACGUUACUCUAUACGUCAUGUGAUCAGUCAGAACAGGAACAUGAAAAGAAUGCUAUUUUUAGCUCUUGGUGCGAGUUUCGGGUUUUCGCUCCGUUUCGAGAGAUGACUUCUGGACACAUAUGUAGUGUUAUUAGGUGAGGCUCACAGCGAUUGAAGUUACCUGGUGAUUUUGCAGUCAUGUGGUCGUGAGAUACCCGUGGGAGUUGUUUGUUCUUAUUGUGUGUCUAAAGCCUAGUAGGUCAAGGUGUAAUUUAUUUAACAAAGGAAAACCCUUUGUUAUACCAUCACAAGGCAGUUUAUAAAGCAUUUCCCCAAAGGGUCUGAACUGAGUGGUGAAACAAAAUAUUGGGUGGAGUUUUGUUACAUUGACGUAGUCCUUUCACAUAUUUCAGAGAGACAGCUUUAUUGCCUUAGAUAAAAAAAAAAAAAGGUAAGUACGAUUCUUGGUCACGUCACUCCCAAGAGUAUAUUUACUGCCACUGUCGUCUUCUCGUCUCAAUCGAGGAAAGACGGACAGAGACAACAUGAAGAUGCAGAUGUUGGUGGUGUUGGCUGUAGCAGCUUUGGUCCCCAGUCUGUCUGAGGGACGGAUCCUCUCCAAAUGUGAGCUGAAGAACUUGUUGGAGAAGGAGGCCCUCAAAUUCAACCUGACUGGGCCAGCCGGAGUGAAGAACCUGACAAACAACGAUUUUGUGGCUAAAAUCGUCUGUCACGUGGAGAAGGCCUCCGGUUUCAACACCAGUUUUGUGACUGCUUGGAGGGAUGAUGACAGCCCUGAUGUCCCCCCUACCCGCCCUGCUAAGGUUAAUAACCGCCAACGCCCUGAGCCCCCUCCUAAGAGGGGUAAGAGACACGCCGGGGAUGAUGUUGACCCUACCCACACUGCUAACAAUGAUAACCAUCCUACCCGCCCUAACUUUCUUACCCUUUCUACCCGCCCUACCCUUUCUACCCGCCUUGAGCCCCCUCCUAAGAGGGGUAAGAGACACGCCGGGGAUGGUGUUGACCCUACUCACACUGCUAACAAUGAUAACCAUCAUACCCGCCCUACCCGCCCUACCCGCCUUACCCUUCCUACCCGCCCUGAGCAGCCUCCUAAGAGGGGUAAGAGACACGCUGGGAAUCACUUCACCUCAGGAGAGGAAAACUCCAGCGAAGAAGAGACCAUGGGAACCCUCUACGGCUUGUUUCAGCUGAGCGAUCGUGUGAUUUGUUCCUCGGGCUCCACUCCAUCGCUGAACCUUUGCCAGAUGAACUGCAGUGCUUUGAUUGACGACGACAUAAGUGAUGACUUAAACUGUGUGGAGACUAUCAGACAGACAAUGGAAAGUGGUCGCGUUCAAACAAUGGCUCUAAAGAGAAUGAUCAAGCUGCUCUUCCAGAAGGAAUGUGUCGCCACGGUGGCCUCCAGCUACUUCUCCAAGUGUUGAAGUGUUGAUGUUAGACCACAAUCCCCCAAUUGCAAAAAGAUCCGAAUUGGGCUGCCUGUGUUAAUACAGCCACAGUGUGUAACAAUUAGUUCUCAUCAGCUUCAUGUUCACAAAGUACACCGGAAUAGAAUGUAGCAUGUAGAAAGAAU